GGGAGGCGAAGGAGUGGGCAAGGGCAGUAGGAAGUUUCUGCUGGGGUCUGGAUUUGGAGCUCCAGAGUCGGAUCGGCCCCGUAUGACCCCAACCUAAGAACAAAAGAGACCCCAAAGAGUCUACAUGUCUAAUAUUUAGACAUGUUCAGCUUUGUGGAUUCUCGGUUACUGCUGUUGAUAGCAGCGACUGUACUACUCACCCGCGGGCAAGGAGAAGAAGACAUUCAAACUGGAAGCUGCAUACAGGAUGGGCUAACGUACAACGAUAAGGAUGUGUGGAAACCCGAACCCUGCCAGAUCUGCGUCUGCGACAGCGGCAACAUCCUCUGCGAUGAGGUGAUCUGCGAGGACACCUCCGACUGCCCCAACGCCGAGAUCCCCUUCGGAGAGUGCUGCCCCAUCUGUCCCGACACCGACGCCUCCCCUGUCUACCCAGAAAGCGCUGGAGUAGAGGGUCCUAAGGGAGACACCGGCCCCAAAGGAGACAGGGGACUCCCCGGCCCCCCUGGCAGAGAUGGCAUCCCUGGACAGCCUGGCCUCCCGGGACCCCCAGGCCCUCCAGGUCCUCCAGGCCUCGGCGGAAACUUCGCUCCUCAAAUGUCUUAUGGCUACGACGAGAAAGCCGGUGGCAUGGCCGUGCCCGGCCCCAUGGGUCCAGCUGGUCCCCGCGGUCUCCCCGGUCCUCCUGGUGCUCCUGGUCCUCAAGGUUUCCAAGGUCCACCUGGUGAACCUGGAGAGCCUGGUGCUUCUGGUCCCAUGGGUCCCCGUGGUCCAGCCGGCCCCCCUGGCAAGAACGGAGAUGACGGUGAAGCUGGAAAGCCCGGCCGUCCCGGAGAGCGCGGUCCCCCCGGUCCCCAGGGUGCACGUGGUCUCCCAGGAACCGCCGGUCUGCCGGGCAUGAAGGGUCACAGAGGCUUCAGUGGUCUGGAUGGUGCCAAGGGUGAGCCCGGUCCUGCUGGCCCCAAGGGUGAGCCCGGCAGCCCCGGAGAGAACGGUGCUCCUGGGCAGAUGGGUCCUCGUGGGCUUCCCGGCGAGAGAGGCCGUCCCGGUCCAUCUGGCCCCGCUGGUGCUCGUGGUAAUGACGGUGCUCCUGGUGCUGCUGGUCCUCCCGGUCCAACUGGCCCUGCUGGUCCCCCCGGCUUCCCCGGUGCUGCUGGUGCUAAGGGUGAAACUGGUCCCCAGGGAGCUCGUGGCAGUGAAGGUCCCCAGGGUGCCCGCGGUGAGCCCGGUCCCCCCGGCCCUGCUGGCGCUGCUGGUCCUGCUGGCAACCCCGGUGCUGAUGGUCAACCUGGUGCCAAGGGCGCAACCGGUGCUCCUGGCAUUGCUGGCGCUCCCGGCUUCCCCGGUGCCCGCGGUCCCUCCGGACCCCAGGGUCCCAGCGGUGCCCCCGGUCCCAAGGGUAACAGCGGUGAACCCGGUGCUCCAGGCAACAAGGGAGACACUGGUGCCAAAGGCGAACCCGGUCCCGCUGGUGUCCAAGGUCCCCCCGGCCCAGCUGGCGAAGAAGGCAAGAGAGGAGCUCGUGGUGAGCCCGGCCCCGCUGGGCUUCCUGGCCCCGCCGGCGAACGUGGUGCUCCCGGCAGCCGCGGUUUCCCUGGUGCUGAUGGCAUUGCCGGUCCCAAGGGUCCCCCCGGCGAGCGUGGCUCCCCCGGCCCCGCUGGCCCCAAAGGAUCUCCUGGUGAAGCUGGACGCCCCGGGGAACCCGGCCUCCCUGGUGCCAAGGGUCUGACUGGAAGCCCUGGGAGCCCCGGUCCCGACGGCAAGACUGGCCCCCCCGGUCCCGCUGGUCAAGACGGCCGCCCCGGCCCCCCCGGCCCCCCCGGAGCCAGAGGUCAAGCUGGCGUGAUGGGUUUCCCCGGUCCCAAAGGUGCUGCGGGUGAGCCCGGCAAACCCGGCGAGAGAGGUGCUCCUGGUCCCCCCGGCGCCGUUGGUGCUGCUGGCAAAGAUGGUGAAGCUGGUGCCCAAGGUCCUCCCGGCCCUACCGGUCCCGCUGGAGAAAGAGGUGAACAAGGUCCCGCUGGUGCUCCUGGCUUCCAGGGUCUGCCGGGCCCCGCUGGUCCCCCCGGUGAGGCUGGCAAGCCCGGUGAGCAGGGUGUCCCCGGAGACGCCGGUGCCCCCGGUCCCGCCGGUGCCAGGGGUGAGAGAGGUUUCCCCGGUGAACGCGGCGUCCAAGGCCCCCCCGGUCCCCAAGGUCCUCGUGGUGCUAACGGUGCUCCCGGUAACGAUGGUGCUAAGGGCGAUGCUGGUGCUCCCGGUGCCCCCGGGAGCCAAGGCCCCCCCGGUCUGCAGGGUAUGCCCGGAGAGCGUGGUGCUGCCGGCCUGCCAGGCGCCAAGGGUGACAGAGGCGACCCCGGUCCCAAAGGUGCUGACGGCGCUCCUGGCAAAGACGGUCUCCGAGGUCUGACUGGCCCCAUCGGCCCCCCCGGCCCCGCUGGUGCUCCUGGUGACAAGGGUGAAGCUGGUCCCCCGGGUCCUGCUGGUCCCACUGGUGCCCGUGGUGCUCCCGGUGACCGCGGCGAGCCCGGCCCUCCCGGUCCUGCUGGAUUUGCUGGCCCCCCAGGUGCCGAUGGCCAGCCUGGUGCUAAAGGUGAAACUGGUGAUGCUGGAGCCAAGGGUGAUGCCGGUCCCCCCGGCCCUGCUGGCCCCACUGGUGCUCCUGGCCCUGCCGGUGCUGUUGGUGCUCCUGGUCCCAAAGGUGCUCGCGGUAGCGCUGGACCCCCUGGUGCUACUGGUUUCCCUGGUGCUGCUGGAAGAGUUGGUCCCCCCCGGCCCCAGGGGAACAUCGGUCUCCCUGGCCCCCCCGGCCCCAGCGGGAAGGAAGGUGGCAAAGGACCCCGCGGUGAAACCGGCCCCGCUGGCCGCCCCGGUGAGCCUGGCCCUGCUGGCCCCCCCGGCCCCCCCGGCUGAGAAGGGUUCUCCUGGCGCUGACGGCCCCAUCGGCGCUCCUGGCACCCCCGGACCCCAAGGUAUCGCUGGCCAGCGCGGUGUCGUCGGCCUCCCCGGACAGAGAGGCGAGAGAGGCUUUCCCGGUCUGCCUGGCCCCUCU